AUACCCAAAUUCCCAAAUUCCCAAAUCCCAAACACACAAAAAUAAAAAUGAGACCAAACUUGGCCUCCUUCGGUUCCUCCACACAUACAGAUACUGCCCCCCCUUUACCCACACAAACCUUCGGACACUAAAAACAAACACUACAGAGAGUGACAGAGAGAGCAAUCCAGAUGGUGGACACACAGGCUGAUCUAUGUCCCAUGAUUUUCUUCUCUGUCUCAGACUAUGUUUGAGGUUUUCUGGGUGUUUUAGCAAAAGGGGUUUUGGUGGGUUUUGUGGAUUAGUCGCUACACAACUGGUGGUCGGCGGCGGAGGUGGAGGCAGAGGCGGAGGAGGAACUCUCGUGUUAUUAUGAACAACAGUGGCGGUGGCGGUGAGGAUGGGAGUAGGACAGUAGCAGCAACAGCAAGUGGAAUGAUGGGGAUGAAUAGGUCACCUUUCACAGUGUUACAGUGGCAGGAGCUGGAGCAUCAGGCUCUGAUCUUCAAGUAUAUGAUGGCAGGUCUGCCUGUUCCACCGGAUCUUGUACUCCCUAUUCAGAGGAGUUUCGAGUCCAUUUCUCAUAGGUUCUUCCAUCAUCCCACCAUGGCUUAUUGUUCAUUCUAUGGGAAGAAGGUGGACCCAGAGCCUGGAAGAUGCAGGAGAACUGAUGGAAAGAAAUGGAGAUGCUCCAAAGAUGCAUAUCCAAACUCCAAAUACUGUGAGCGCCAUAUGCACCGUGGCCGAAACCGUUCAAGAAAGCCUGUGGAAUCUCAAACAAUGACACAAUCGUCGUCCACUGCGACAUCUCUUACCGCUACUGGAAGCAGUAGCACCGGAGCUGGAAGCUUCCAUGGUCUUCCAUUGAAUGCCUUAAGCAACUCCGAGGCGACUACAACUAGAACCAGCCAGCCUGAUUAUCCUUUGGACUCCAUUCCAUAUGGAAUACCAAGCAAAGAUUAUAGGUAUCUUCAAGGGCUUAGACCUGAGGCUGGAGUGCAUAGUUUCUUUUCUGAGGCAUCAGGAAGCAGCAGGGCUGUUCAAAUGGAUGCACCAAUGGACAACACAUGGCCAAUAAUGCCAUCUCGAUCACCGUCUUUCCCGGCAUCAAAAUCGACUGAAAACUCCAUCUUCCAAAGUGGAUAUCUGCAGCAUUCGUUCUUCGGUGGCGAAUAUCCAUCUGGGGAAACUCUGAAACAAGAAGCUCAAUCGCUUCAACCGCUCUUCGACGAAUGGCCGAGAACUAGGGAGUCAUGGACUGGACUCGACGAAAGAUCCAAUCAAACUUCCUUCUCCACAACACAGCUCUCCAUAUCAAUUCCAAUGUCUUCAUCCGACUUGUCGACCACAAGCUCGAAAUCUCCUCAUGGUUAGUACCUGCUUCUACCACGCCUGUUCGGUUUCUUCAUGCAUAUUCUUAGUUCAUCCUCAAUAUCAUUCUCCAUAUAUGAUUGAAAGCAGCAUGAUGCUUUGAGAAAAUUUUCAAGUUUUAUCUCUCAACUUCAAUGCCUGAAUUUUGAAUGCUAGUCGUUUACGUUCGGUAUAUGUGAGCGAACGUGUCGUUGGAGAAUUCUGUUGUAUUCUUGUCUUGUUUUCCCUUUGCAGCUCUGUUUUUCGGGGUAUCGAAAACUUGGUUAUGUGUAAACAAUUUGGAAGCUGAAUGUUGUUAUUAGGCUUGGAAUAAUACAAAACUAUGGCUUGAAAAUUUAGA